AUGGAGGAUGGUGAAGAGAUGGAAGUACAAUCUCAAACGAGUUCGUCGACGUACAAGGUAAAACGAACCUGGGAUCAUUAUUACUGUACCUGUCCUGCUUGGAGGAACCAACCUUCUGUCCCUGUCAACGCGCGUAGCUGUAAACAUUUGAUAUCUCUUCUCGGCGAGAAAUACGAAGCUGCGCGUAUCAAACUAAAGAAUCCAGAUGGAGCCGCUUUACGGGCUCCGAAGUCAAGAAAAAAGUCUUCAAAGAAAGGAAAAAACACAGGGGAUGACGAUGACAAUGGAGGUUCAAGCAAAACGGACGUUGCUGUUCUCCUAGCAAAUUCAUGGGACGUUGACAAGGGUCCGGAUCCGACUGGGUGGUGGGUUUCCGAGAAGUUGGAUGGAGUUCGAACAUUUUACGAUGGAAAACGCAUGUACAGUCGUCUCGGAAAUCCAUUCACUCCUCCUCAAUGGUUCUUGGAUAAACUUCCCAAAGACGUGACUCUCGAUGGAGAACUCUUCGGUGGGCGAGGAGAGUUCCAGAAUACCGUGUCCAUUGUUAAAACAAUGAAUUCACCUCAUUGGAAGGGGAUAACUUUUCAUAUAUUUGACAUACCAUCCCUUUCCACUCAACCAUUUGAAGCGCGCUUAGAACAUCUCAAAAAGCUUUUCGCACCUGGCACCGGAUCAUAUGCGUCUGACAAGGUCAUCAUUGUCGAACAAGAAAAAGCCAAAAGCCGAAAACAUGUCCUAGAUAAACUCAAAGAGAUUGAGUCUCUAGGUGGGGAGGGUUUGAUGUUGAGAAAACCGGGAUCGUUAUAUGAAGGGAAGAGAUCCAGUACGUUGCUGAAGAUCAAGUCAUUUUACGACGCCGAGGCAGUAGUAACUGGCUACAAACCUGGCAAAGGACGAAAUGCCGGUGUCACUGGAGCGCUGAAGUGUAAGAUGGCUUCCGGAAAGACAUUCGACGUCGGAAGCGGUCUGAAUGACAAGCAACGUAAAAGUCCCCCCAAAAUCGGCUCGAUUAUUGUGUAUAGGUUUCAAGAACUCACCAAGGACGGUGUUCCGAGAUUCCCUACUUAUUUAGGAGAAGCCGCUGAUAAGACCAAGCCCAAAGACGCUGUAGUCCCAGAUCAUCGAAAAGCUGGGGCGAAGAAAUUCGAUGCACCAAGUGAAUGA